CAGGCUUUCCGGUCCUCUGUCCAUUUUGGGGUCCGAGUGGUCAUAAACCCUUCUCCCUCCCCGACCUCCUCUUCCCCCCACUAGACUGCGCGGCCGCGAAGCCAAACCCUAGCCCCCAUUCCCCUUCCAACCCCGGCGUGUUCAGCGGGGAAGGAUGAGCAGGCGUUGGAGCAGGACGAUCUAUGUUGGCAACCUCCCCGGCGACAUCCGGGAGAGGGAGGUGGAGGACCUCUUCUACAAGUAUGGCCGUAUUGUUGAUAUUGACUUGAAGGUUCCUCCAAGGCCGCCUGGCUAUGCUUUUGUGGAGUUUGAAGAUCCUCGUGACGCUGAAGAUGCUUGUGCUGGACGGGAUGGCUACAACUUUGAUGGAAACCGUCUAAGAGUGGAGCCUGCUCAUGGUGGAAGAGGUAGUGGUGGACCCUCUCAUGACCGUCCAAGCUUUGGCGGCGGCGGUGGUUUUGGUGGCGGUGGUGGCGGUGGACGCCGUGGUGUGUCCAGGCACACGGAUUACCGUGUUCUGGUUUCUGGUCUGCCUUCUUCUGCGUCCUGGCAAGAUUUAAAGGAUCAUAUGCGAAGAGCUGGUGAUGUUUGUUUCGCAGAAGUCUAUCGUGAAGGCGGCGGCACAAUAGGGAUUGUUGACUACACAAACUAUGAUGAUAUGAAAUAUGCUAUAAAGAAACUGGAUGACACUGAAUUUAAGAAUGCCUUUUCUAAAGGUUAUAUAAGGGUGAAGGAAUAUGAUGGCAAACAAGCGCGCUCCUACUCGCGCAGCCGAAGCCCAAGUCGCAGCCGCAGCAGGAGUGCAAGCAAAUCUCCCAGGGGCCGCUCAGCAUCUAGGUCCAGAUCAAGGUCUGUUUCUUCCCGUUCUCGGUCGGCAUCUAAAGGACGUUCCCCAUCAAGACUCGAUUAUCUCUUCAUUUUAUCUGGGAUUGUGCGGCGAUCUAGGGAUUGUGCAUUAGGAUAUUGAGGAUGGAAUUUGCUCAAUUUGCUACAGUUGUGUUCGUUGUAUGAGAGCUUGGGCAUAGCGCAUUGUUUGGAAUUCGGGACAUAAGAGCACUAAGGAUGGAUUAUGAUGGUUCAGUGGAUAGGAAUGUGCUUGGAGUCCAAUGCUUGAGGAAUGAGUUUGUUUCCUACCUUGGGCACGCAUAACAUGGAUAACAUGGUUGUGUCUUGCAUGCACUAAUAGCAUUCAACAGCAGAUGUUUGCAUUUCUGCAUGUUUUGAACUUCUGUAACUGAGUGCUUUUGUUUUCCUUGAGCUCCUUCCGCUUACCUUUGGUUAGUCCAAAGUUGGGAGAAGCAUGAAGGCUUUUGGAGUCAAGCUGAUAAAGGUGCAUUUUGGAUAUUUAAUUCAGCUGUUUGUGGAACUU